AUGGGCAAAAGAGUGGCCAUUGUCGGAGCUGGUGUCAGUGGCUUGGCUGCAAUAAGAUGCUGUCUGGAGGAAGGAAUGGAGCCCAUCUGCUUUGAAAGGAGCAAUGAUGUUGGAGGCCUAUGGAAAUUCUCGAGUCAUGUGGAAGAAGGAAGAGCCAGCAUUUACCAGUCUGUAUUCACCAACUCUUCCAAAGAAAUGAUGUGUUUUCCAGAUUUCCCCUAUCCUGAUGAUUUCCCAAACUACAUGCACCACAGCAAGCUCCAGGAAUAUAUAAAGGCAUUUGCUCAGAAGAAGGAUCUUUUAAGAUACAUACAGUUUGAGACUCUGGUUUCCAGUAUAAAGAAAUGUUCUAGCUUCUUGGCCACUGGCCAAUGGGUGGUUGUUAUUGAAAAGGAUGGAAAGCAAGAUUCUCUGCUCUUCGAUGCUGUGAUGAUUUGUUCAGGGCACCAUGUAUACCCCAAUAUGCCAACUGACUCUUUUCCUGGCCUAGAGCACUUUCAAGGCAAGUGCCUGCACAGUCGAGAUUACAAGAGCCCAGGAGAUUUCCAGGGGAAGAGGAUCCUUGUGAUUGGCCUGGGGAACUCAGCAUCUGACAUUGCUGUUGAACUCAGUCGUCUGGCUACACAGGUCAUUAUCAGCACCAGAAGUGGUUCUUGGGUCAUGAGUAGGGUUUGGAACGAUGGAUAUCCUUGGGACAUGGUCUAUGUAACCCGCUUCGCAUCCUUCCUCCGGAAUGUCCUUCCUUCAUUUGUCUCUGACUGGUUAUAUGUCAAGAAGAUGAACACAUGGUUUAAGCAUGAGAACUAUGGGCUGAUGCCUUUAAACGGUCCCCUCAGGAAAGAACCCGUGUUCAAUGAUGAGCUUCCAGCCCGCAUCCUAUGUGGCACUGUGACCAUCAAGCCCAGUGUGACAAAGUUCACAGAGACCUCCGCUGUGUUCGAGGAUGGGACUGUGUUUGAGGACAUUGACUGUGUCAUCUUCGCAACAGGCUACGGUUAUGCCUAUCCCUUCCUGGAUGACUCCAUCAUCAAAAGCAGAAACAAUGAGGUCACCUUGUACAAAGGCAUUUUCCCUCCUCAGCUAGAGAAACCAACCAUGGCAGUGAUUGGCCUUGUCCAGUCCCUUGGUGCUACCAUCCCCACAGCUGACCUGCAGGCACGCUGGGCUGCUAAAGUGUUUGCAAACACAUGCACGCUGCCACCUACAGAUGAGAUGAUGGAUGACAUCGAUGAGAAAAUGGGCACAAAGCUCAAGUGGUUUGGCCAGAGCAACACUCUGCAGACAGAUUACAUCACAUACAUGGAUGAGCUGAGCUCCUUCAUAGGCGCCAAGCCUAAUCUACCCUGGCUCUUCUUGACUGAUCCCCAGCUGGCUCUCGAGGUGUACUUCGGUCCUUGUAGUCCAUACCAGUUUCGAUUGAUGGGACCAGGAAAGUGGGAUGGAGCCCGAAAUGCCAUCUUGACCCAAUGGAAGAGGACAGUGAUGCCGACCAGGACAAGGGCUGUCGGUGAAGCUCAGAGACCCUGUCAUCUUUAUGACUUGUUAAGAAUGCUUUUCUUCCCAGUGCUUCUUCUGGCUGUUUUGUUCACCUUUUAUUAA